AUGAGCCGGGGUGAGGGCGGCGGGGGGCUCUCCCUGCCUUUGUGUGCCCGGCUGCGGCUCUGGGGCGCUCCCCUGCAGCGCGGCCGGAGCUUGUCCCGGUGUUUCAGUAAUUCCCGUGUACGUGUUUUCUUCGCGCACCCCCUCCCAACCGUUGGAGUGGAUGCGCUACUUGCACGACUUGAGGGAAGAAGUUCUCUGAAGGAUCUUGAACCCUGUCUGUUUGCUGAGGAAGGAUCUCCUGUUCAUGGAGAUGUCAUUGAAUUCCAUGGUUCAGAAGGAACGGGAAAAACAGAAAUGCUGUAUCACCUAAUAGCCCGCUGCAUCAUUCCGAAAUCAGGAGGAGGACUGGAAGUGGAAGUCAUGUUCAUUGAUACAGACUACCAUUUUGAUAUGCUUCGUGUAGUUACCAUUCUUGAGAACAGAAUGGCGCAAAGGACAGAAGAAAUGAUAAAGCAGUGCUUGGGAAGGCUUUUCCUUGUGAACUGCAAUAGUAGUACUCAGUUACUCCUUACUCUCUACUCUUUAGAAACCAUGUUUUGCACUCACCCCUCUCUCUGCCUUUUGAUUUUAGAUAGCAUAUCAGCUUUUUAUUGGAUAGACAGAAGCAAUGGAGGGGAGAGUCUUAACUUGCGGGAGAUGAAUCUGAAGAAAUGUGCUAACUUUCUUGAAAAGCUUGUGAGAGAGCAUCACUUAGCCCUCUUCGCAACAACACAGACACUUAUGCAGAAAUCUGCAAACUCUGCAGAAAGCUUUUUUCCUUUAAAACUUCAGCAUGAAACUGAUACAGACUAUAGACCUUAUCUUUGUAAAUCAUGGCAACAAAUGGUAACCCACAGGAUAUUUUUCUCAAAGCAAUGUAGUUCUGACAACAGCAAAGGUUUUACAGUCAUUUCUUGCCACCUCAAAAGAAACCAUGUAGUAAACCGGUCAUUUAGUGUUGCAGAAUGUGGAGUUCAGUUUUAACUUCAGGGUUUUUUUUAAACAUGUGCCAAAUCCUGGUGCUUAAGCCCUGAUGAGGUCGAAUAAGUUUUUACUACCUUUUAAACUAGUUAGUUACUGAGUGAUUAAGAAUUUUUCUCACCAUUCUCUUAAAAUUUAGUGAAGUUGCAGGAAAUGGUAAAAUUUUGAAUUACUGUAGACUUCAGUCCAAACUAGCAAGGAAUGUUGAAAUUACUUUUUUGUGCUUAAUAUAUAAAGAGAUUAAAUCAAGAAAAUUAUAACUGAAGACAUCUUAAACUCCUAGUAUCCUUAAGUAAUCUAACCUGCAUGAUAUGCAGCCAUAUGCACCGACUUAAUUUCUGGGUCUUACUGCCUUCCACUCCUCCUCUUCCAAGCUACAGAAAUAGGAGCCUAGUUGUCUGUGGGGAGACUGCAGAAAGGCAAGUGUUCACUCUUAAUAAAUAUUGGUCUUGGUUUAUUCCCAGUAGCCUAGGGCGUAUGAAAUGCAUUCACGACUUUCCCUGGAGAGGAUUCAUUCUCACAGGCUGUUAAAUAGUGGUAAUCCUGACCCUGCUUCUCCAAGGUCGCAGCCUGUUUACGUUACCAUGUGCUCGGAGAAGCAAGGAUUGCAGGUGUUUUGGCCCUUACAAACACUGGGUUUGAAGAAUCUACAGCUAUUGCAGAAAUGGAGGCCCGAUUUCCAUAACCGAAGGAAAACUAAAGACCCAGCUCUGGGUACCUGGGAGUUUGUGCUGCAUGCAGCAAUCAGCUUAGUCUUUGAAAAUAACGAAGUGUGGGUUAUGGGUUGUUUUGGGUGUGGGGGGUGUUUUUUGGGGGUUGUUUUUUUUAGGUGUAUGCAUAGACUUUUUUUUUUUCUCUGCCCUCCCUCAUUAUUCCCUCCCACUUCUUUCCCUGCCCCUGUUCUCUCUAAGAAAUCCAGGAAUGCCAUGCCUCUGGUCUUUACCAAUAUGUAUUUGCCACAUGUAGAACAUUUGUGUGCAGGAUUUGGCAUGCAACAUGUUGCAAUUCUGGCAAAGACGAUUCAGAACUUAUGGGAAAUGCCCUACAGUUCUGGCAAAGAAUACCAUAUUAUUUAUUAACCUAGAGUGCCCUUUGAAAGCUUCAAAGUGCUUUAGAAGAAAGAAGACUGCACACAGUACAUUAUUUAAUACAAAAACUUACAUUAGCUUACAAAUUUAAAUUACUCAAACAAGGGGAAAAUAUUUCUCACAGCAAUAUUCGUUCAGUCAUGUUGCGCAGCACGUUUUAUAGUUUAGAUUGAACAGAUUAUUAACAAAAAUGCAUAUUAAGAAGAAGUAUCUAGCACGGUAUCUUUUUGAGGAAGAUGCCUACUAAACUAUUGUGAGACACCUACGUUUUAAUUUCCUGACUUCUGAAGCCAGCUUGUUCAAGCUGAACGUGUAUCUGGAUUCCCAACGGUGUAUGGUUCAGUGUGCAUACCCAGACUUCUGUAGAUAGAGCUAGGAGCUGCUGUUUGUAGAAUUUGGCUGGAUUUUUGCAAAGACGAUGAGUGUCCUACCUUUAGCAGCAGCCAGUACCAAAGGUUUUGGGAGGAGUGUGAGAAUAACCAGAUUUCACGGGGAUGGCCUGCCCCAGCAUGGGGCUUGGGGACCUCCUCACCAGAGUCUGUGGUCAGACCAGUAUCUGAUGGCCACCAAUCAGGCCUGUGCUCCAUGAAUUCAUCCAAACCAUUUUUAACUGACUUACUCUCUUGGGUUACAUCGUGUUUCACAAUGAGUUCAGUUUAAUUAUUAUUUCUGUGGGAAAACUUCCUCUUUAUUUUCCCCUCUCAUUUUAAACCUUCCAUCUGAUCACUUCUUCGUGCCAUCAGUUCUUCUACUGUGACACAUAAGAGAACUUUGCCUUUUUGACAUCUCUGCAGAGGUGAUGAUCUUAUAGACUGUCAUUUCAUUUGUGCUUUUUCUUCCAUCAACACCAAUAUUUACUUUGUUUUAGCAUUUGCAGAAGUACGCAGAUACAUGAAAAACAUACAACUAUUCAGCCCAGACUGGACCCAAGUUAGAUGGUUUAACAUGAGUAGAUGGUCCCACUGGGAAUUAUUACAAAGGGCAUACUUGAAUUUUUUGUAAAAAAAAAUGGGAAGAUUCAAGUAGAACUACAGAACUUUUAAAUGUGAAAAUUACAGGACUACAUAUUUUUUACUACAAACAAAACAACAAUCCCCUUUUCUGUUGGAGAAUACAGCUCCACUGAAGAUUAACUGCUUCAUAAAAUCAUACUUGCUAAAAAAUGUUUGAGAAAAAAACAAUGGAAAUGUUCCAGCAUUCCCGUCUGGAAAAAAAGCUUUUAUAUUAUUCACAAUGUAGUUUAUAUUUUGCAUUGUACUAUAAAAGAAAUGCCUCAAUUGAAAUGAAGCCAAAGUUCUAAUUGAUCAAAAAGAGCACCUCAGGAAAUUUUGAAAUUUCCCAGUUUUAUUUUUACUUUGUAUGCAGACAGAUUUUUUUUAAUUCUCCGGUAACUGUAAUGCUCUGCACAUUUGUUUUAGAUGUAUAGCAAGCCUGGCUUUCAGAGAUGCUGAGCAUCUGCAUAUCCCCGAAAGUUUGCAGGAGGGAUAGGCAGUAUGCAAUCUGGGAGUGCACUGACCUUAUCCUCUGCCAAAAUUAUGCCAUUUGGAAAAAUGAACCUUUAGGAUACAAGUCUAAGAAAGAUGCAGUGAUAAAGAACCUGAGAAGCAGCAAUUUUGUUAGUACCUUAAUGAACUGUGGGUAUUAAAAAUGUUUUUUACCAUUUUUUCAUGGAAAUUUUCUCCAUUAAAUGAUGUAGAAAUUGUAGUUAGUGGAGAAUGCAGUUCCUCCUCAGGAGCCAACACCAGUGUAUUAAACAUAGCAUUAUAUUUAGUGUAUCAUGUUAAAUCCAAAUUCUUCUCUUUCACCUAGACCUAAGUUACCACCCAGUCUCCAGCCCACUGUCUAACCUGGGAUGACCUGUGCUGCUGCAGCUCAGUCCCCUGGGGAGGAAGCACGUUUUGGGUUAGUAGGUCUACGCCGCUGGAAAUCAGCCCUGCAAAAGAUCAGUGCCACUGCAUAUCAUUAAGUAUGAGGAUAGAAUGCAUGUAUUCCUAAACUCUCAUUUACCCAGGUAUUUCUUAGAAAUUAAAAUCCUUUCAUGUCAGCAUCAUUGUUCUUCAGCUUAGUGUUGUAUUAUUAAAGCUUUUGUAGGCAUAGGAACUUUUACAUUCCUUAGAAUUUUUGUUUGUUUCUUUAUAUGCAACAUCAAAUUAAAGCAGCAAGCUUGAAACAAAGAGGAACUGGUUCACCCUUUUUUCCCCCUCCUUUUUAUAAUGAGAGUUUUUUAGCAACACCAAAUCAAGGUAUUUUGCAGGUUUUAUAUUUAUUUUUAAAUAAAGCAGUAUGUGUGUGGACACUUGGAAAGAAAUUGUAAUUUUUAUAUUCAGCAAAAUGUUCUUUUUAUUCCUAGACUUUUUUUAUAGAGAAAUAAAAUACAAAUAACAGUUUGCUUGGUUUAAGAUUGUGCUUGCACAUAAAAUUCAAGUUUCCUUUUUCUUACAUAACUGAUUCCAGGCACUUAAUUUUCCAUAGAGUUUGGAAACAGCAGAAGAUAAAGGUUCUUACGUGGAAAAAUACCCGCAGUUGUAUUUUUACUGGAGACUAAUGGACAAAAGCAGAAGAGAGUGCCAUUUUGAUGGGUGCUGGACAUAAGGCUUGGACCAUGUCCUUAAGAGGAAAAUGACAUUUUAGGUUUUUUCUGUGGCUGCUCUAAUAAUUGUCUCUUGAACCUCUUUACUAAAUGUAGUUUUGAUAUGUGAAUAUACUGGGGCAAUGGGCAAGAUCAUUUUGCAAUCAGCAAGCCUUAUGCCAGACUUAAUACCCACCUCAGGAGAAAGCCAUGUCACACCACCUAACUUGAGCUUGUGUUGGAAGUUGCAGUGCACGCUCACCUGAGUAAAAGCUGCACACAGUUUUGAUGUUUCCAACAACUGUACAGUAGCAUAGGACUGCCAUAUUUUGUGAAGAAGGGGAAACACUGGAAGAGCUUGGAAGUUUAGGCAGUGGAAAAAACAUUGAUGGGGAAAGGAGCAUCAGUACAAUGCAUCUGCAUGAUCUUCUGGAUAGAAAACUCUGAUGCCCUGCAGCAGUCUCUGAAAUAAAAGGUGCCCAUCCCUGUGCCUGAAAGAAGACAGCAGAAUGACACUGAGCUAUGAAUGAUGUGUAGCGCAACAAAAGGAUCCUUGAACUGUUAACUAACAUGGCUAGCAUGGUAAAACUUUCAAAUAUAAAGUUGACCAUAGUGGACUUGCAGAUUCUUCGCAUCAAGGGAUGAAACUGGUGAUGGAUUCCACUCUGUAGAUGAUGUAUAGCUUAUUUAUAAUGAAGAUACGGAACACUGCUUCUCUGGACCCAGGAGGAUUUAAAUGUAAAACCAGACUUCUGGUUUUUUAGUGUUUGUUUUUUUGUUUUGGUUUGGGUUUUUUUCCUGCAGCUCUAGGCAUCUUCACAGCAGUCAGCACUUAACUCCAAAAUCACUCUCACAGCUUUCUGUGUCAGGACCAUGCAUUACUGGAAGUGGAUAGUUUUUUCCUGUGCUGAGAGUUUACACCCUUUCUUACCAGUGCAGACUGAGAUAUCCGAUUAUAGAAGACUGCACCCAUGUGACACAUCAGUGCAACUCGUAAACAGCUUUGGAGACUUCAUUCUAUUUGCAAUAAGGAGUAAUGUCACACUGGAGUAGAUGAUUUUGAAGAAAUGUGGCUGUGACUCGCUUUGGGAAAAGUUUGGCAGUCUUCCCUCUGCUUUCCCAUACUGCAUUGCAUCCUGCCCCAACCAACUGGUUGGUGUACCUGUGUGGGCCUCAGUGCUCAAGGAUAGCAGUGACAAGAUGUCACCGCCUUGCCAAAUGCCAGUGAACAGCCAUGUUCUGGAUCUUGGCACUCUCAUACUACGGGAGUUGGCACAACCACUAUAGUUUUUAAUUUAAACCAUUUGCCAGGCUUCUUUCUUAUACAUGUAGAUGGACCUGUGCUAAAGACCUCCUAGCCCUGGGGGAGAUACAAAAGAGACGAAAUCUUGGGGUUUGAGUAUAAAAAGGACAAGAUUUUUAGGCUGUUGCUUCAAAAAGAGGCCAAGCAAGGCCAUGAGGUUCCUGGCAGUGGCAGAUGGACAUCAAGGCCUUGAAGGUGGCCUGGUGAAUGUCAGGGAACAAACUCUACGUCUCCCCUACCAACUGUCCACAUUGUCAAGGGGUGAAUAGGAUUUCUGACAUAUUAUCUGCAUACUGUCAUACAUAGUCAUACUGUUGAGAGAGAAGACCAUGCUACAGUGGGCAGUGCUGCCUCUGAAGUGCAUCUCAAAAGCUCUGCUCAAAUUCCAUCACUGACAGUUCUGUCUCCAGCCCAACCUCUCCACGGACUCCCAGCCUCCUCGUCCUCCAUAAUGCAAACAGCAGUGCUGCAGAGAUCAGAAAACAUCAUCGCAUUUGCCUUUACCACACGUGAGCAAUACUGUGUGCAUUGAUAGAUGGUGCUGGGCGUUGUUAUCUGGGGCAGGUUUGAGCUUUCAAACUGUAACAGUCCUCUGCAUAGACAAUAUGAUGACACUGGUCAGUGAAAAGGCAACAGCAAGUCCACACCCUUUGAAUGGCCAGACCUCCAACUGCAAACCUGUCCCCUGGACUCGGUCAGCACCUCAGUAAUGCCAUCUCUGAGCCCCCAGCUGACCCCCAAUCUCUUGUGCUGUGUGUUUACCAGGUUCAACGAAGAAUCCUUUUUCACAGGAGUGCACAACUUCAGGUAUUAUCCCACAGUCAUGUUACAGAUCUAUGUCAUAU